AUGCAAAACGUAAAAAGUUAUUUUUCAUCAUGGAAAACAUUUUGGAAAUCUUCAACAAAUUCUUGUCAUUCUCGUACAUUAUCAAUUGCACCAUCAAGUAUUAAUUUUACUGAUUCAAGUUUAGGUGAUUUAAAACAUUCUAUCAUUGAUGAAAAAUUAAUGAUUGAUGUAUCAACAAAAUUAAUCGAAAGUAUAUCUCCACCAAAAUUACAAAUAUGUGCACAUAAUAAUCAAUGGUUUGCAUUAAAUAAUAGUCAUUUACUUGUUUAUCGUCAAUUAGAACGUAUUGGUCUCUGUGAUACUGUUGUUUGCGAUAUUAUUCGAAGUCAAGAUGUACCUAUUGGUAUUCGACAAACACUUACAUCUGUUGUAAUACCUCAACAAGAAAAUUAUCAAUGUUUUCAAAAUUCAAGAGAACAUAUAGGAGAUCAUUAUAUGCUAACGGAUGAUGAAUAUCCUCAAAGUCAAGAUGAAGUUAUAUAUUGUGCUGAUACUCAAGCUGAUUCAUGUGGUUGUUUCGAAGGUGAUGAUCAAUGCGAUAGUAGUAAUGUAACAUGUGGUGAAAGUGAUCAUGAUGGUGAUUCUGAUGAUGAACAAACAGAAUGGCCAACAAGAACAUCAUUUUCUAUAACAAAAAUUAGUACGAUCAGUAAUCAUUGUUUUGAUGAAAUUGAUUUAGAUGAUAAUGAAGUUGAAGAUAAUCAAAAAGAAAUGCAAAGUUUAUUGUAA